CGUUGUACCGGGUACAAUGUACCCACUUGUCACAAAGCUCUAAUAGAAUCGACAUUAAUUUAUCCUACAUUUACAAUGAUUGAAUCAAAAUGAUUUUCAGACGAAUAACGAUUGUUACAUCGAAUCCGACUGUUCGAUGGUUCUGUAUUGAUAAUGUUCGAAAUUCCAUUAAUGUCAAACCGAAUUGGCUACCAUUUUAUGGUGCUAAAUAUGGAAAUUUCAACCAAAAUGCACCAAUUUUGCCCAAUCAAUUCAAAGAAAACCUAUUCCUACGCAAUUACUUAUGUCACCAUUUUACUAAAGAGCUUUAUUCAGAACUAGAACCAGAUCUUAUUAGAUUUGGUCAUCGUAUUGCUACUGAUAUCGAUCAUCUUGGAUUGGAAUGUGAAUUUAAUAAACCUUAUCUUCGUUCUAUCAACACAUGGGGUGGUAAUGAUCAAAACCAAUUAAUAGUAUGUGAUGCAUGGCGUAAACAAAAAGAUAUAUCAGCUGAAGAAGGUCUCAUUUCUAUUGGAUAUAAUCGUAAAAAAUUUUCUCAAUGGUCAAGACUUUAUCAAUUUACCAAGCUUUACUUGUACUCUGCAUCAUCGGGAGUUUUUGGAUGUCCUUUGGCAAUGACAGAUGGUGCAGCCAAGGUAUUAUCUUCGUUGAACCUUUUGCAAGAUUCGUAUUUUCGCACCGUUUUUGAUCAUUUAACAUCGACUGAUCCUGAAACAUUUUGGACAUCCGGUCAAUGGAUGACAGAGAAAGGAGGAGGAUCAGAUGUUGCUAAUGGAACCGAAACCGUGGCGUUGCCAGAUGGGAGAAAUUUUAAACUCUAUGGAUUAAAAUGGUUCUCAUCAGCCACUGAUGCCAAUAUAGCUCUGACUUUAGCUCGAAUAUCCGAUGAUGAAGGAAAUGUCAUUCAAGGAAGCAAAGGUUUAACAUUAUUCUUUGUGAAAGUAAAAGAAAAUGAUGGGCCAGUAGAUAAAGCCAUUAACAUUGUAAAAUUAAAAGACAAAAUGGGAACCCGUCAGUUGCCAACGGCCGAACUUUUUCUAGAUGGACUUCGUGCUCGUAAAAUUUCUGAAGAAGGUCGAGGUAUAUCAUCGAUUUCCCAAAUGUUACAAAUAACGAGACUACAUAAUGCUAUCUCCUGUGCAUCAUAUGCACAACGAGCUUUCAGUUUGGCUCGAGAUUAUUCUCAUCGAAGAGAAGCUUUUGGUAAGAAAAUUAUUGAAUUGCCUCUUCACAUCCAGACACUUGGUCGUAUUGAUCUUAAUUGUAAAGCAAUGACUAUUUUUGCACUUGAAUGUGCCAGAAUUCUCGAUUCAAUUGAAUAUGGUUCAGCAACCAAUGAAGAGAUUCUUAUGUUUCGUAUACUGAAUCCAAUGGUAAAAUUAUAUAAUGCAAAAAUGGCCAUUCCAACCAUAUCUGAAGCAAUCGAAUGUAUCGGUGGCCAAGGAAUCAUAGAAGAGACUGGCAUUCCUUAUUUGUAUCGAGAUGUACAAAUAUUUGCCAUAUGGGAAGGUACAACUUCGGUAUUAUCGAAUGAUGUAUUACGGGCCAUAAUCAAAAGCAAAGGAGAAUGUUUGAAAGCGUUGAUGCAAAAUAUUAAACGUAGAUUGGAACCAAUCUGUAAUGGCAGCGAUGAACAAUUGAAGCCAUCGGCACAAAAAGUUUGGCAUUCGACUGAACAAUUAUUCCAUGUGAUUGAAUCAGAACCAUCCACUUUGGAAUCAGGAGCACGAGAUUUAUCAUUCUCAUUAUCUAAUCUAUUUAUUGCCACACUUUUACUUGAAAAUGUAGCUAAAGAUUGGCUUUUAACUCGUGAUGCUCAAUCUAUAAUCGAUUAUCAUCGCAUUCAAGCAAUACGAUUCAUUAAUUGUCAAGAUUUGACACCAUUUCAUACGAAUUUCAAUAUGAAUGAAUAUUCACCAACAAUACGGCAAACAUAUUUUGGUGCUCUCAUGUGAAUGAACUGUGAUUCAAACAAACUACUAUAUGGUAUCCAAAAUUCCACCCCAUAAUCAUCCAUUUAAAAUUGUGUUUUGUUGACCUCAUUAUGACAACAACAACAACAACAACAACAAAAACAAAAAAGUAUGAAAAAAAUAAAUAAAAAAGAAUAACCUUGAGCUUUGUAUGCAAUCGGAAUUUUUUUUUUAUAUUUACUAUUAUUUGAAAU